CUCCAACAAUCGUAUGUUCCUAGGAAUAAUUAUUCUGUGCUGAGCAUCCAUUUGUUGAGAUUUGGGUACUGUCUGAAACAACUGUGAUGACGUUGGGCGAAAGGUUAGUGAAUGAGUGGGAUGAUAUCUCCAAUCCACAAUAUGGGCAUCACGAACACAACGUUAGCCAUGCCCUAUAAAUAUCAGUGAUUCGCUGCUCCUGCUAUCCUCUUACCUUCUUCCACCAUGUUCCUUGAGUCCCAACCCUCCUAACACCCACGCUCCUUCGAACCUCUAUAUCCCACCAAGUGUAUCAACCAUCAAGCUUCCCCAAACCUACCCUCGGUAUCUCCCCAGCCAAAAUGCCACCCGGUAACAUCCUCUUCCUCACCAACAGCGAACUGAGCCAAGGGAACAUCACCCUGGGAGUAGCCUACGAGUUCCUCGUGCACACUCCGCAACUCCGCGUCCACAUCGCCUCCUUCGCGAGCCUCGCAAUCUACGUCGACCACCUCAACCACGACACCGGCGCCCGCACCCCGAUCACCGGCCGCGAGGUGAUCUUCCACACACUGCCUGCAUUCUGCAAACGAGACGCCCAGGACCGCGAGGGGCUCCUCCCGCGCAACGCCUUCGACGCGCCCGCGCUUGGUUUCGUAUCUGCGUUGAGAGCCUACCAUCGAGUGACUGCGCCAGCCAGUCUCCCCUGGACGGCGGCCGAGUACGUCUCCAUGUACAGCCGUAUCACGAAAUUAGUGCUGGAACUGAAACCCGUGGUGGUUGUGGUGGAUCCGACCCUGGCGCCGGGGGUGGAUGUCUGCCGGAAACUGGGGUGGAGCUAUGUGAUGCUGGGGUCGGGGACGGUGAAGGAUUAUCUUGGGGCAGCCGGGAUAAAGGAGUUGUCUAGGUUUCCUGUCGUCGGUUCAGGCUACGACUACCCCCUUUCUCGCCUGCAGGCUAUCAAGAAUAUCGCGCUGGGGUUUGCGCUGCGAGUGGGAGCUAGAUGCUCAGACCAUACCAAGAAAAAAGUGCGCGCGCGUCGCCCGGAGCAGAGGCUGACGGGGCCUGUUCCAGGCAUGAGCUUCCGAAUCGACGACAGGGCGCUAAUUCUUCUGCCCUCGCACCGAUGCUGCGACUUCCAGAUCUCCGCGCCCUCGAACGUAGUCCUCUGCGGACCGAUCACGCGCCCCUUCAGGCCCGUCGGCGAGGACUACCCCGAAUUCUCGCUGUGGCUGCGCCAGCGCCCGACCGUGCUCAUCAACAUGGGCCUAAGGACGUCAUACCAGCGCAGAGAGCAGAUCGAGUUCGCAACCGCGAUUGUGACGCUGUUGAACUGCAGGCCGGAACUCCAGGUUCUCUGGAAGCUGCGUCUCGAUGAUCCCGACGUGGAAGUUGAUCAUGAAGUUCGCAAGCUGAAAAGCACUGUCUUGCCGCGGAAUCGCCUGCGCGUGUAUGACUGGUUCCCUGUCGAGCCGCUUGCGAUGCUGAUGAGUGGGAACGUGGUGUGCGUGGUUCAUCAUGGCGGGGCGAAUGCAUAUCAUGAAGCGAUUAGGGCUGCUAUUCCCCAGAUCGUGCUCCCGCUUCAACUUGAUGUGUUUGAUUAUGCACAGCGCGUGGAAUACCUUGGGGUUGGUGUUUGGGGAAGCCGCAAGACAACUCCUAGAGUUACUGGCGCGGAGCUGGUGAAAGCGAUGUUAUGCGUGCUUACAACGGCUGAGGGAGACGCAAUGCGCCAGAGAGCGGAGAAGGUUUCAUUGAAGUUGCUUCGUAAGAAUGGGCGUGUUGUGGCGCAUGAGAAGAUUCUGGAGACCAUUGGCUACAGGAGGAUGCCUCGCGUCGCGGGCUUCUAGAGUUUGUCUUCCGCUGGAGAGCAAGGGGCCUAACCGAGUCAUAUGGGUGUCUGGCUAGCCUUGGAGAUCGUGGUAGAGAUCAUGAUGUCUAUGCUGGUGUUCUCGUCCUGUAUGGACCAAAGUGUGCAGCUUAUUGCCCGCUUGUUGUCGAGUUUUCAAUCUAGUCAGUGUUGAC